AUGGUCUACGUCGCCGCCAAGAAGGCCACGGACGACGCCGAGGCCGCCGCCGCGUUGGCCUGGCCAACCGUAGGGGCCGAGAUCACGGACGCCGCGGCGGCCACGUUCGCGGACUCCACCGUGAUCCCCGACAGGUACGCCCGGCCGGACGAGGUGAGGGACGGGGUCGUGGUGGGCGACGACGAGAGCUACGAGCUGCCGCUCGUAGACAUGGCGAGGCUGCUCGACUCGGAGUCCUCGGAGGCGGAGACCGCCAAGCUUGGCUCCGCGUGCCGAGACUGGGGCUUCUUCCAGCUAACAAACCACGGAGUCGACGAAUCAGUUGUGCAAGACAUGAAAGAUAGCACCAUGCAGUUCUUCCGCUUGCCGCUGGACAAGAAGAAAGCAGUGGCCACCCGGGCCGGCGGCUUGGAAGGGUUCGGGCACCACUUCGCCGGAGCAUCCUGCGCCAAGCUGGACUGGGCAGAGAGCCUAAUCCUCCUCACGCAACAAAAGGAGCAGAGGAGCAUGGAGUUCUGGCCGGCCGAUCCGGCGACACUCAGGCCCUCACUGGACAGGUACUCGCUCGAGAUGUCGCGCCUCACGAGCCGCCUCCUGGGGUUCAUGGCGAGCGACCUCGGGGUGGAGCGGGAGGCGCUGGCCGGGGCCUUCCGGGGCAAGAGGCAGAGCGUGGCCCUGCACCACUACCCUCCGUGCCGGCACCCGGACAAGGUGCUGGGCAUCACGCCGCACCACGACGGCCUCGGCCUGACGCUGCUGCUGCACGUGAACGACACCCCCGGCCUGCAGGUGAGGAGGGGCGGCAGGUGGUUCCCGCUGGACCCGCUGCCGGGCGCCCUCGUCGUCAACGUCGGCGACAUCCUCCAGGUCCUGACCAACGGCAGGUACAGGAGCACCGAGCACAGGGUGCUGGCGGACGCCGAGAGAGGGCGGGCGACCGUGGUGGUGUUCCAGGACACGUGCGUCGCCGGGACGGCGAGGCCGCUCCCGGGGCUCGGCGAGGCCAGGUACAGGGCGAUCGAGUACGUUGAGUAUCUCAAGGGGAAUUACAGGGGGCUGGCUGAAGGGACCAGGUUCGUGGAUAGCCUCGAGAUCAGUGUGGCGUAGGAUGG